CCCAGUCACUCAGUCAGUUGCAAUAACACGCUCACUGAGGUCGGCAGCACAAAGCAGAGUCGCCCUCAUACCAGCUUACACACACACACACUGCACUACACCACACACGCUCAGACAGCAGACACACACCUCCUCAGCGACGCCGGGGAGCUGAAGAAAAACUGACGAGAGAGGACGAAGGAGGACAGAGACCAGCAAGGAGGCGAUAACAGAAAAAGAAAAAGAAGAAGAAGAAGAAGAAAGGUGUCCAUUCUAAGAAACACUGGGGGAACACAUCUGUCAGGUUGUCUGAAGAGCUCCCUCCAGAGGCUGCCUGCUGACUGAAACAAGCACAACUCUGUAUACUACCAGGAGCUUCAUGAGUGUGUGCACAUAACCCCCACUCCACCUCGGUGUGUCUGUGUGUGUGUGUGUGUGUGUGUGUGUGUGUGUGUGUGUGUGUGUGUGUGUGUGUGUGUGUGGGUGUGUAUGUGUGUGUACCAUGCUGUGGACAGUGCUACUAGCGCUGCUGGUGCUUCUGUUGCUUCAGACUCAGUUGUCUGUGUGCUUGAGGGAAUUACGCAGCAGGGGUUCCAUCCUGCCUGCCCACUCCUCUUCAUCCUCCUCUUCACCCUCCUCUUCCUCCCCCUCUCACAAUGCCACCCAGCAGCGACUCCCCGGAGCCAUAAUCAUCGGCGUUAGGAAAGGAGGAACCAGGGCCUUGCUGGAGAUGCUCAACCUGCACCCAGAUGUGGAGGUGGCAAAAGCUGAGGUUCACUACUUCAACGUGGAGGAGCACUACAGCCGGGGUCUGACAUGGUACCGUGCACAGAUGCCCUUCACACUCCCUGGUCAGCUGACAGUGGAGAAGACCCCAGGCUAUUUUGCGACCCCUCAGGCUCCUGCGCGGGUCUGGAACAUGAACCCUGCUGUCCGCUUGUUGCUCAUCGUCCGUGACCCUGCAGAGAGGCUGGUGUCCGACUACACCCAAGUCCUCCAUAACCGCCUGACCCGCCACAAACCCUAUCAACCGCUAGAAGAGCUCCUGCUCCUCAAGGGCCACAUUGACCCCAGCUACAAGGCGCUGCAGAGGAGCCUGUACCACCAGCACCUGGCCCGCUGGCUUGAGGUCUUCCCCAGGGAGCAGAUACAUGUUGUAGACGGUGAUGCCCUCAUACGGGAUCCCUUUCCCGAGCUAAGGAAGGCCGAGAGGUUUUUGGACCUGCCGCCCAGGAUAAGUCCCGACAACUUCUACUAUAACACCACCAAGGGCUUCUACUGCCUCCUUUCAUCUGGACACGACAAGUGCCUGGAUGAGUCCAAAGGCAGGCCGCAUGCCCCGCUCAGCCUCCAGGCAUUUAAGAAACUCUGUCACUACUUCAGGAAGCCCAACCAGUUGUUCUUUGAUAUGGUGGGCAGGUCGUUUUCCUGGUGCUGAUAAAAUAGUGACACUGGAGUUAAAACACCUCCUGAAAAGUGCUGACACAUUCAGGAACAAAAAGAGAAAGACGAGCAGUUUUAAGUGUUUUUUGUAGAUAGAUGAGUGGAAAGAUCUCAGUUCAGUUAAAGUUAUAAACAUCUGUUGUUGUUGUUGUUGUUGUUGUUGAUACCUACUCAGGUUAAAUGUGGCCAAUGAAAGCAGCACAUGUGUUUGUGAAGAUGUGUGGAGAACUCAGACUGCUUGUGUUGAUCAUGUGGCUGACACAAACUUUUACCAUGAUGCCUCCUUGGAUAGACUCUCUUGACAAAGCUUUGACACCUGUGCCAUACACAACUUUUAAGAUGAAAACACAACUAACUGCCAUUUAAUGCUGAUUUUGGGUAGUUUCAAGAUGUGCCGACUUUGAGGUGGCGCAGACAUGAACGAAAUGGCGAAAAAAAUGGUUGAAUUCUUUCAUUGUUGCACUAUGAACUCUAACUACAAACAAAGUCAAUCAACAAUUUCAAACAGAAUCUGACUUCUUGGGAUGAUUACUCUCAACAGUUUUUGUGUUAGCAACAAAUACUUUAGUUUAGGCAUUUGUUCUUUGUUCAUUUUUUUGGCUGAUCUAGAAAACAUAAUUUUUAAGCUCUUUUAUAAGUAGACACACUGAAAACUUGCCUUUGUUUCUUUUAACUUCAAAGGACAAUGUAAUGCUAGUUGUAGUUUGUGUUUUAAUACAUUCUUCUAAUAAAUGUCUUCAGUCCUUA